CAAAAGUCCAGUUGUUUCUGAAUUAACUGGCACACGCCAUUAUUACUCAUUUUCAAAUGAUUACCCUUCAAGUACCAAUUUGAGAAGACCGAGAUGACGGAUGAGCCUGAAAGAAGAUGCUAUCGAAGCCAUUCUGAAUGCACAGAACAGUGCUUGGAAUACUCUACCAAAACUUGUACAUCGCGCUGCUCUACCUCCAAUUGCUCCAAAAACUACACCAAGUAUGUUGGUCAAAGGCGAAGAAGCAAGUCGUCCAGCCACAAGUGUCGGAAGUCGUCCUCCCACAAGCUCUAUAGGAUUUCCUGCACUUCCAAAACUAGGAACAAAGCCAAUGAAAUCAAUUUCUGAAAAACCACAAACUCCACUAUAUCCGAUUCCCCGAACUAAUAUUGGUUUUACGCUUAACCUGAAUGAUAUCGAUGAAAAUGAGGUCCUGCGUCCCGAAUCAGCUGCAAGUACUGUCAUGGAAAGUGAACGAGAGUUAACAAAAAAGAUUUUGAAUGUUCCGAAGACAUUUGCAGGCUUUCGAGAACUCUCUGUAGAUCUUGAUCAAGUAUCUUCGGAAGAUAUUAUGAACAUGUUACAAGGAUCAUAUUCUCAAGAUCACCACCAUAGUGGAUUUCUUUCAAUAGCUACUGUUCUGUCCUCAAUUCGAACUAUUCAUCCCUCUGACACGUGGCAAAAUCUGUUUGAUUGGUUGAUUGCAACAGGUCUUGACUCAGAUGGUUAUCCAGAACUUGCACCACCGUCAUCUCCAAAUAUCAGCUACUUGGUAGACUAUCAAAUGUUCUUUGAUGUUCUGCUAAACGAUAAACAGGCAAGAGAAGUCUUAGUUAAUAUUCCAGAAGUUCUAGAUUCUGAUGAUGGUGGAAGUGUAUUCUCUCAUCUGCCAAGUAGGCCAACGUCAAGUCAAGAACAAAGAGAGAAAUGGAGGGUUAAGCUACUCAUCGAUCUUGAAAUGAUUCUCUCUUUACAUCCAGACAUUGACAUCGAAAGGUUUAAGUUAGCAACCGAUAAAAAGAUAAUCACCGUGGAAGAACUGAAAAUGCUCUUCCAAAUCUACGGGCUCGCGGAGCACAUUCAAGAUAUUGAGCAGCGUAUAAUUGAUUGCUUUUUGACUCAUAAUCGGGAAUUUUGUUUUUCCGCCUUCGUUGGAUGCCUCAAUCAAAUAAAUCCAGCAAUUUUACGUGCACGUACACCGACUCCUCCAAUUGUAAAACUUGCUCCAUGGUGCAAAGGUCCGCUUCGAAAACUUGAUGAUUCGGGAGUGAUACCUGAUUUAGACGCAAGCGGGUCCAGUUUAAAUUUUAAAUCCGAUUCACUAUGAUUCUUUCACAAUAAUAAAAAUGUACUGGUUGGACUUUUGCAAGUCCUUGUUUUCAAAUGAAUCUGUGCUCUGUU